AUGGAGCUCUAUCUGGAUGAUUAGGUACCCAGUGUCAUCCUGCUUCCCAGGAGUAGAGCACUCUUGGUCUCACUUUUCCUUAUCUUCUAAACAAUUCUACCACAGCUACUUAAGCACAGGGAAGGCAUAAAGAAAAAGCCACUGUCCACUAAAUAAGAGACCAAUAAGUUGUAUCGAUAAUUCGGCUUUCUUAUUCCGAUCAACAUAUCUAUGCCACAACGAUGGCUCCCCCGCCAACAUCACAUGAUACCGCGCAUCUCAUUAGCCCGAAAGAAAAGCACCGCUAUCAGUCAUUUAAAUUCAAGCAGUAUGCCGACUUCGCUCAGACGAUUUUCAUCGCUGCGACCAUCGCCAGCACCAUCGCACUAUCCAAGUCAUAUGAGGCCUCCAGCAAAAGUACUCUCGAGGAGGACGGGAUCAUUUUAGCAUGGGCCAGCGCCCUCUUAGUGACCAGCAUCGCAGGUUCCGUUAUCCUUGUUGCGAGCGCGAAGCUCGAGCUUGCAUUUUAUCUGCUUCAAAUGCAGUCGCUUGUCGUCAGCCUCUUUGUGCUUGUCGCGUUUUAUCUUCUUCUGGCGACACCUUCAUUCCGGCAACAGUAUACCGGCCCGUUUUUGUUCGCGACAGUGUGCUACUGGAUUGUUGUCGUAUUGCUGGUGUGCCUGAUAAUUGAUGUACUAGUACAGUAUGUCUCGGGACGAGGGGAUGGGUUAGAUUUGUGGGGAGUCCACUGGCGGAGGAAAAGUCGGAUUAUGGGCGUUUAUCAGGGUGAUCAGGAUAUGUGACUGAUGAAGGGAGAGCCACGCAUGUAUUCGAAGUUAUUCAAUGGCACCGUCCUGUUUGCUUUCUGUAUUUGCAGGUAUUUUUCAAGCCUACAAGCACGAUGACAGCCACCGCUGAAUAACUUUGCUGCUCUCAAACUCUUUCCGAUCCCCAAGCAUUAAAUCCAGUACCGGAGCAACAUGCCCUUCUCCUACCACCGUGACCGUUUCCGUAUUAUAGGGGUUUGCGGCCGCAAGAAUCCUGGCAAACGCAUGGUGAGAAUCGACCAUGAUA